UCCAGCGCAAUUUGCUACGUGGAGAGUUCCUGGUCUCGUCAGACACUGAUUGUUCUAUCUGUACUGAACAUAUUUACUCAGAGCAACACUGAACCUCCGUUCUUAGCCAAAGCUACUAAUAGUGCAGGAUCUGGCGGAAGUGGUAGACCACGCGAUCGAUCAGGUCACUCCAGGGAUGCAGUCAAUGGCUUCCGCCUCGCAGGAAGAGGACUUUCAAAUCAUAUCGUCUCUGCGCUAUGAUCCUGGGCUUCGAGAUUUGAGCACCAAGAACGCCGCGAACACCAAUUUUCACCCUUCCAGCACGCCAUACUACCUGCUUCCCUACCACCAGGCACGGCUUCGUAAUGCAGCAGAAUGCUUCGGUUGGGAAGAGGCUCUGUCAUUUCUACGCAAAGAUCUCACCCACUUCUCUCAGUACCUUGAUGAUCACAUCUUGGACAAGACGAAACCUUGGCGCAUCCGGAUUGUCAUUGAUCGCACCGGAGCUUGCACUGUCGAGAUCAACCCGACAGCAUCGAUUGACCCAUUGAAUAUGCUUAUUCCCAAUCGAGAUCAUACACAAUCAAGCCUGUGGAAUGUUUAUGUGGAUACAGGGUGUAUAACUCCAUCCUCGUUCACGAGGCACAAGACUACCGCCCGCGAUUUCUACAAUGCUGCACGGGUCAGAGCGGGGAUCAUGUCCCCAUUAGACCAGGCGGAGGUGCUGCUUGUAAACCCCGAGGGUCAAGUUAUGGAAGGGAGCAUCACCACACCCUACUUCCGGCGCAGGCAACCUACAAGUAAGGGCGAGAGCCUAGAAAGUGAUACGGAGCCAGACUGGGUCACGCCUCCCCUCUCGAGUGGUGGUAAUGCAGGCACAACGAGGCAAUAUGCGUUGGGUGAAGGAUUCUGUGCCGAGCAGAUCAUUGAAGCUGCUGACUUAAUCGAUGGCGAAGAGUGUUGGCUCAGUAACGGUGUCCGGGGCUUCAUCCGUGGUAGAAUUGUCUUGAACAGACCCGGUGAUGGCCAAUGCUAGAAUCACACAAUCGUCAAGAUUAUCUCCGUAUGAGCAGAAUGUUUGCAGAGGUGAGACUCAAGUGCUCUGUCCAAGAAACUGCAAACAUUACCGUUUCCAUUCUCCGCUAGAGUGCAGCCAUCCUAGUUAUUCCUUCGAGAGGUCAGUACCUUGGGUCAAGGGAGGCAUCAUAUACAGUUGAAAAGAGGAAGUAAAUGGGUCACAGCGCCAGCGGCUUUCAGUACAG